AUGCCGGUGCCCAUCCUGGCAGAAGGCUUCGAGAAAGGCAUUGGCGGGAUUCCUUACGCCUGGGAUGUCAUCAAGCUGAUUCCGUGGGUCGGCCUGCUUUACCUCCUGAAAUUGUACUUCAGCGGGGCGAGAUGUCGGUCAGAGCGAGUUAUGCACGGGAAGGUCGUUAUGGUGACAGGUGGAACAUCAGGCAUAGGUGCUGAAGUGGUGCGCGAACUUGCAACUCGGGGCGCUCAAAUUAUCCUCCUCACCCACUACGCCCCCACCGAUCCUUUCCUGGUUGACUAUAUUGACGACCUUCGGACGAUCUGCAACAAUGACCUCAUUUAUGCCGAGCAGGUCGACAUGUCUUCACUGCACUCCAUCCGCCUCUUUGCGACCAAGUGGGUGGACAAUGCCCCUCCUCGCCGGUUGGACAUGAUUGUCCUGUGUGCAAACGUUAUGACACCCUGGUGGGGUCGGCGCAAGACGACAGUUGAUGGCCUUGAAGAGGAGUGGAUGGUUAAUUAUCUGUCCAAUUUCCAUCUGCUGAGCAUACUGUCGCCAGCGAUUCGAGCUCAGCCCCCCGAUCGAGAUAUCAGGAUACUGUUCAGCUCUUGCAGCAGCUACAUCGGAGGGAAGUUGGAUCUGAAAGACACCGAACGCAAGACAAAGUCUGGCAGCGAGUCGUAUGCGCGCAGUAAACUGGCUCUCAUGACGUUUGUCUACGCCUUCCAGAAGCACCUUGACGCCUACGUGCGUCCGGAUAAAAUGCCCAACAACGCCCGUGCUUUCAUCGUUGAUCCAGGCUUUUCGAGGACUCCGGGCACCAGGCGCUGGGUCACGGGCGGGUCUCUGUUUGGAUUGCUUCUCUACAUGAUGACAUAUCCGGUCUGGUGGCUGGUUUUGAAAUCCCCUCUGCAGGGCGCUCAAAGCUACCUCCUUGCGUCAAUGGAAGCCGAGUAUGCUAGCAGCCCAGGAGGCAAGCUGAUCAAGGAAUGCCGCGAGCUUGAACCUCUACGACCAGAGGUCAGAAGCGAAGAGGUUGCUCAGAAGCUGUGGGAGUACAGUGAGAAGCAGGUCGAGCGCCUCGAGAAGCAAGGCGCUGUGAAAAGAGCAAUGGCAAAGAAGGAGGCCGAGAAGAGGGAUGAAGCUGCCGCCAAAGCUGCCAAAAUGGCCGAGUCACAGUCGGAUGCCGAUGGGACUGCAACUGGUAAGCAGACUCCUGGCUCACGGCGAAAUCGCAAGGCCAAGUAG